GUGGAAAUGAACGGGACCGCUGUGUAUAUAUGCACUGAGCCAGUAUAUUAUAUACGCAAGCGACGAGUGCACGAGUCCUAGUUGGAUAGCAAUUUGAGUUGAAUCCACCGUACGCGCUUUUUACUCAAGUUACUCCAGGCCCGCAAAGCGUCUCUCGGGAGUCGGGCAGUAGGUUCCCGCGGAAUUUGCCAGGAUCUGCUUUAACAGUAGUGAUCAUGUCUGCUCCAAUUCCGAACGAUUUCCUAACGAUGUUGCUGGACGCAGUUAUAUGUACGCCCCAAACUCAUUGUCUGGGAUAUCUCUUGCUCUCCUAAUUACUCGCCAUGUCGUCCAGCCAAGUCCGCAUUGCCAUUGAUCGUGGUGGAACCUUUACCGACGUGCAUUGCUCGCAGGCUGGAAAGCCUGAUAUCGUGUUAAAGCUUCUUUCUGUCGAUCCCAGCAACUACCCUGAUGCGCCUACGGAAGGCAUUCGGAGAAUCCUCGAACUGUCGUCUGGGCAGAGCAUCCCAAAAGGUGCCAAGCUGAAGCUGGACCAGGUUGAAAGCAUUCGUAUGGGUACCACUGUGGCUACAAACGCACUACUAGAACGGAAAGGCGCGCGUUGUGCUCUUGUAACCACUGAGGGUUACCGCGAUGUCUUGCGCAUCGGACAACAAGCUCGGCCCAAUAUCUUCGACCUCUCAAUUCAGAAGUUGUCCUCCUUGUAUGAGAAAGUAGUCGAAGUUGGAGAGCGGGUCACCAUUGCGACUUCCACCGAAGAUCCAGAGUCUUCAACUACAGACUUGGAAGGGACGUCCGAUGCAGCAAUUGUCCGUGGACUAACGGGUGACUUUAUUCGCGUCCUGGAAAGGCCUGACCCACGGGUUGUCCGUGCUCAGCUCCAGUCCUUACACGACGAAGGUUUCCGGUCUAUUGCGAUCGCCUUUGUUCACUCUUAUACCUACCCGGCGCACGAAAUACUAGUUGCAGACAUCGCUAGAGACUUUGGAUUUUCCGUUUCGGUUUCCUCAGAGCUUCAGCCUAUGAUCAAAAUUGUCUCUCGCGCCAACUCUGCCAUUGCCGACGCGUAUCUAUCUCCGGUUACUCGUGCAUAUAUCGAGACGUUUGCAUGUGGGUUUGACGGAGGCCUUGAUGCAUUGGGUAACAAACUUCUUUUCAUGCAAAGUGAUGGCGGUCUAUGCAAUUGGAACAACUUUUCUGGUCUUCGGGCGGUCUUGUCAGGCCCCGCGGGAGGGGUCAUCGGAUAUUCCAAAACUUGUUAUGAUGCCAAUGAUGGCUCGCCACUGGUAUCUGUUGAUAUGGGCGGCACCUCUACCGACGUCUCGCGCUACAGUGGACACCUCGAGCAUGUUUUUGAAACCACCACAGCACAGGUUAUCAUUCAGGCCCCCCAACUUGACAUCAACACUGUCGCCGCUGGUGGAGGCUCCCGCCUGUUCUGGGAGAACGGGAUGUUUGUUGUCGGUCCCGAGAGUGCCGGCGCACAUCCUGGACCAGCAUGCUAUCGAAAGGGUGGCCCCCUUGCCUUGACUGAUGCCAAUCUCCUUCUCGGCAGGCUUUUGCCGGAGCAUUUCCCCAAGAUCUUUGGACCGAAUGAAGAUGAACCUCUGGACAUGAGUGCCACUCGCAAACUAUUUGAGGACCUCACCGAGAAAAUCAGCGCGGACAAGAACAUCAAGAUGACUCCUGAACAAGUCGCAUCGGGAUUCCUUCGCGUUGCUAAUGAAGCUAUGAGUCGACCGAUCCGGACACUAACUGAAGCCCGUGGUUUUGAGAGUGCUAAUCACAACCUGGUAAUUUUUGGUGGUGCCGGUGGGCAGCAUGGAACCGCCAUCGCUACUCUCCUUGGAAUCUCUCGUAUCCUCGUUGCUCGCUUCUCUUCCGUCUUGUCUGCCUACGGCAUGGCCCUUGCAGAUGUUGUCAUAGAGGAACAAGAGCCUUCGUCAUCCAUUCUUGACUCCCGGUCUGGAGCUGACAACGCAGCUUCCUAUGCUUCGCUUCAUUCCCGUGCUGAAACGCUCAUUCAGCGCGCUCGACACGCUCUUGCCUCACAAGGAUUUGCCCAAAGUCAAGUCACAACAGAGCUAUCGUACAAUUGUCGAUUCCAGGGUACAAGUGCUGCAUUGAUGGUGCGAGAACCUGGAGAUGGCGAUUUUGUUGGAAAGUUCAUACAGCAGCAUGAUCAGUUGUUUGGGUUCACGCUUCAGGAUAGGUUUAUAUAUGUUGAUGAUGUAAGGGUAAGAGCCGUAGCGAAGAGCGCUGGUACAGAGCAGCAAAGUCCUUACGAGGAAUUGGAGUGCUGUACGUUGAAGGAAGCGGUGGGAGUGCUCAGCAAUUGCAAGAGGGAAAACAUUUUCUUUGAUGGACUUGGCUGGGCAGACACGUCUGUGGUCCCACUUGAAGAUCUGUUGCCUGGAGAUCAAAUUCCCGCACCCGCGAUCAUCUUUGACAACACCCAAACCAUUCUGAUCGAACCGGGAUACAUCGCUACGGCCACCUCGAAACAUGUUAUCAUUGACAGGACCGGACCAUCGUUUGCCAAACCUGCACUUGACCAUGAUCACGUUGACCCCAUUCAACUGUCUGUGUUUGGCCAUCGCUCUAUGGGUAUCGCAGAACAGAUGGGUACCAUUCUCCGGCAAACCUCUAUCUCCACUAAUAUCAAGGAACGUCUCGACUAUUCAUGUGCUCUUUUCUCACCAGAAGGACUUCUUGUUGCCAAUGCGCCACACAUCCCAUGUCAUCUCGGUGCUAUGAGUUCGGCUGUGCGUUUCCAAGCUGAGUUUCGUAAAGGUCGACUACAAGAAGGUGAUGUACUUGUUUCGAACCACCCUGAUGCUGGAGGAUCCCACUUGCCCGAUAUCACUGUUAUCACUCCUGCAUUCCAUAAUGGAAAGAUUGUUUUCUGGACAGCUUCUCGAGCCCAUCAUGCUGACAUUGGCGGUAUCCGCGCUGGUUCAAUGCCACCAUUCUCAAAAACAAUCGAACAGGAAGGCGCACAGAUUCUGAAUUUCAAGUUGGUCAAGCAGGGAAGGUUCGAUGAAGAGGGUGCCGUUGAUCUCAUGUACAAUCAACCUUCAAAGUAUCCUGGAUGCUCUGGAACACGAACUUUGAGUGACAACAUUUCCGACCUCAAAGCACAAGUCUCUGCUAACUAUCGAGGCGCCACGUUAAUCCGUGCCCUUAUCGAGGAGUUCUCAUUGGAAGUUGUUCAGUUCUAUAUGACUGCCAUUCAAAAUACCGCGGAGGCCGCUGUGAGAGACUUAUUGCGUUUCGUCGACAAGAAGUUUGGUGGGAAAUCUCUUGAGGCUAUUGAUUACAUGGACAACGGAGAGGAACUCCGACUCAAGAUUAGUAUCGAUUCAAAACGCGGCGAAGCGGUGUUUGAUUUCACCGGUACAAGCCCACAGUCAUACUCAAAUCUCAAUGCGCCCACUGCCAUUGGCUAUAGCGCCAUCAUUUAUGUUCUUCGCUCGCUGAUACCCACUGCCAUUCCGCUCAACCAUGGUUGUCUUGCGCCUAUCGAAGUCAUCAUUCCUUCUCGUACUAUCCUUUCUCCUGGUCCCGGUGCCGCAACUGUGGCCGGUAACGUCGAAACGUCUCAGCGUAUUACCGAUGUCGUGUUAAAAGCGUUCGAGGCCUGUGGAGCGUCUCAGGGCACUUGCAACAACCUCACCUUCGGCUACGGAGGAAACAGCGGCUCUUCUGUGACGAAAGGCUUUGGUUAUUAUGAGACCAUCGCUGGUGGUUCUGGAGGUGGCCCAAACUGGGAUGGUCAAAGCGGAAUUCACGUUCACAUGACAAACACUUGUAUCGGGGACGCAGAACAGAUAGAACGCAAAUACCCUGUCAUCGUUCGUGAAUUUAGCAUACGUACUGGGUCUGGAGGUGCUGGCCGGCAUCCUGGCGGCGACGGUUGCAUUCGUGAGAUUGAAUUCACACGAGACUUGGAUGUAGCCAUUCUCUCUGAAAGACGCACCAUACCUCCUUAUGGAGUGCGUGGGGGAUCGCCCGGAGAACGAGGACGUAACUUCUGGCUUAGGAAAGAAGUCGACGGCAGUGUUACUACCAUCGCCCUCGGAGGUAAAAAUGAGUGUCCAAUGAAGGCAGGGGACAGGAUUCGCAUUGAAACUCCUGGCGGUGGUGGGUACGGGGCUCCUGGAUCUGUCGAAGAAGAUGCCAGUCAGUUGUAUGGUGCUUAUAUAACAAGUGUCUUUUCUCGUGCGAAUGGAAGUUUAGCGCAGAUGCAAGAGGCGGCGAACAGUAACUGAUCCCAUGGUGUAACUUGUGAAUAAAUCUGUCAGUAUCGCCCAAACUCAUUUAUAAACUGCCUUGGAAUCUGCGCUCAAAAAUGUCACCUCUUCCAUAUUUUACUUUGCGAUCCAGAACAACAAAACUCGUUGCAGCCUGCAUGAGUGAGACUCAGAGAGUCGCAGAAACAACCAGUUCAGGCGACAAAGAAUGUAAUACAAUCAAAUUGCAAUAAAAGGC